AUGCAGCAGCGCGACGCAGGGCGCUCCGACAAGGCGGCAAAGGACGCGCCUGGCGCGUCCGUUUUGGUGGCAGGCGCCUUGUCCGCUCCUUCCCGCGACGCAGUGUCGUCGCUAGACACUCCAGCUCGAGGGUUUCCGCAGGUCCUCAGCGUCCCUCAUGCGGCCGCACCGGGCGGUCGCGCGGAAGACAGAAGCUCGCGAGGCAGUUCUGGCCCCCCAGAGGCAACGCAUGGGGAGGACAGCUCAUUUCCGCCAACGGGUGCGGCGGGGAGUCGCACGCGUGGCGCAGUGACCUCCUCGAGAAUCAAGGUGCUUUCUUUGCCAGCAGCGGACCGCGGCGCGCGGCCGCAGAAGAAGCUGUCACGCCCCUCCGCAGACCUCUUGGGGCUUCGCCGGCGCCAGUGGGUCGAUAUUCGUGAGCUGCGGCAGGCAGCGUCGCAGUUGUCUGUGCCGCUGAUUCUGCCGCGACCCGCCCAGGCCGUCGGCGACUCCCACCCCCACGACGCUCUGCAGGCUUCUCAGAAGGCCGCCGGCGGCCUCCCUCGUGGGUUCGUUCUGGCCGCUCCGCCCUCCACGCCCGCCUCGGCGGCGUCGGGCCUCUCUACGGCUGUCUUCGCGCCGAUUCCUGGUUUCCCUUCCAGCGUGACUAGCUCCCCUGCGAGGCACGCGGCGCGCGCGCUGAACUGGCAUCCCAGCGUCGCCCACGCGGCGGCGCCUGGCGGGCACCUUGGACUCUGUCAGGCGCAGGUUCCUCGGGGCGCUUUCGUCUAUUUCCUACCGGCGGGCGUGGCGACGCCGACGCACGCCGCAGGGCUCGAUCCGAGCGCGGUCGGUGCCGCGCCUCCCCCGGUCUACGCACCCUUCGGCGCUGCCGCUCUGCCUGGCGCACGGGAGGCCGCGCAUGGUUUCGCGUCUUCUUCCGCUUCGCUGGUUCACAGCGACGGCGGUCGCGGGGGCCUCGUGGGCUCCAGAGAAGGCGGUGACCCCGAGGGGCUGCUGCAGGACGGCGCGGCAGGACGGCGGGACGGCGAGGGCGGGUUCGGCGGCGAGGUGGCGCAGAGAGGCGACGGCACGGAGGCCUUGCCGCCGCGGCCGGUGGUGCCACGACUGAUGGCGCACGUCGCACUCAUGCAGCAGCUCAUGCCGGGGCUCCUCGAUGCGCGAGUGGCUUUCCAGCUGCAGAGUCUCGAGGCUUUGAACGCUCUCCUUCUCCACUCCAACGCAACCCUCGUGAGGUGGUUUGGCGAGGUUGAGCAGUUAGCGGCCUUGUCGGGUCUCGGCGCGCCUUUUCGCGCCCCGACUGACGUCGAGGCCUUAUCGGCGCUUCUCGUGUCCUCCGUAGCCGGGGGGUUGCCCCCCCAGGGUUUGGACUGUCUCUUCAUGAGCGUGCGCGUCUCCCUUCUGCACCUCCUGGCGGGCGAUCUGCUGACUUCGGCCGAGGUCGCCAUUCGCUGCGCGGCGAUCCGGUGUCUGGCUGCUCUGACGCAGCUCGCGGCGACCAGCGCGGCCUUCGCAGGUGCUGCGACGCUCGAGGUGGCGCUUCGCCUGCGCAGCGCGCCGCCGUGCAAGCCCCGACGACGGGCGCGCGCUGAGGGCGACUCGUGGAGCCACUUCGCAGGCGUCCUGGCCGCCGCGAGUCGCGCGAAAGAGGAGCUUGCGGCUCGAACCAAACAGAGGAAGAAGAGCGCUCUGCCGCGGCAGGAACGCGAGGGCAGAGACGCCCCACCAGGGCGCGGACGAGGAGGAAAGCACGCCGCGGCAGCGGAGACAGAAGCGGGCAGUGCGACGCUGUGGACUGAGGCAGAGAUCGAGGCCUGUGAAGGCGUUUCAACUGUGGUUCGCUGCUGCCUCACGCUUCUCUGUCACAUGACAGGCGACGGCUCCACGGAGGGUCGUAUGGCGGCUCUCUCGGCGUUCAGACUCUUGGUCCCAUGCGUGCCGCAGGACAUGGCGCUCGCAUCUCUGCAGCGGCCGUCGUUUCCCCCCGUCACGCCGAAUCCACUCGCUCGGAUCCGCGGCCUCCUCAAUGCAGACCUGACGGCCUCUACGGAGACUGCGCUGAGCGCCGCGCGCGGCGCGAAUCUUCUGCCGCCCGCGUCCCCUGCGCAGCAGCUCGCUUCACGUGGCUCCUUCGCGUCUGCGCCGUCUGCCGAAGGCGCUUCUCCGCUGGCGUCGCUGGCAAGCGUUGCGCGGGCGCUCGCGGCGGCGGGCGAGCAGGCGCACGGGGCACAUCACACAGUGGUGGGAAGGGAGUUGCAGAGCGAGGUUUCCAAGUCGCCGCUUCCUGUGGCCUGGCUCCUGCUGGCGCUGGACGACAGCGACUUCCAAGUGCGGCAGGCGGCGUUUGGGUUGCUGCGGUGCCUGUUGGAGCGCUGCACCCGCGAGGAAGACACGCAGAGAGAGAGCGCGCAGAAGACGCAGCAGGGAAGCAACUCCUUUCCGCAGGUUGUGCAACUCCUCAUCUGGGACUGCCUCUCCGACCCCGUUCAGGCCGUCCAAGCCUCGGCCGCGGCGGUGCUGCCGCCGCUGUCGCUCUUGCUUCCACUCCGCGACGGCGCGUUUCGCCGGGCGAUCUUCCCCCUGCUCCACGCCAAGCGGAAGUCGACGCGUCUGCUGUUUCUCCAGACGCUGCCGCUGUGCAAAACGCUGAAUGCGCGCGCACUCAAAGUCGAGGUUCAGGGCCUCCUCAGGUGUCCGUACAGCCGAGAAGACGAACAGGAAGUCGGCGCGUGCUUCGCGGAAGUCGUGUUUGCGGCGUACCACGAUCUUUGGACCCAGUUCGCCGCAGGCGCAUCCGACGGCGCGGGAGAAGAGGCGGAGGACGAAAGCCGGUCAGGAUCCCAGGUGCAGCGUGGAGCGGUUUCUGCCGAAGAGGCGAGGAAGAAGGAGGCAGAGAUGCUGCAGAUCUUCCGGAUCCUCACACCAGCGAAGCGGAGAAAACGCACGCAACUGGCACUCGCGACGAACUGGGCCCGCAAAGAGAGCGAGCUUCGUCUUCUGCCGCUCAUGCGGCGAGGCCCUGGCGCCUCGCAGCUGAGCCUUGCUGUCGCUGGCAACGUGAACCACGAAGCCGCGCUGCCCAUGCCGCGGGCGGCUGCCCAAGCGCGACGACACGCGUCUGGCAGCUGCCAGCGCCAAUCCAAGCCGACGGAUGAAGCAGGCCACGCAAAGAAGAGGGGCGACGGGAGAGACGAGGUCGCCGGCCGGGGCGAACAAGAUCAGACACAGAGUCAGGAUCGCGAGAGGCACGACGGCGCAAGCUACACACUGUCUCCUGGUCUGCUUCUCAGGAGGAAGAGAGAAGAGGACGACAUUCACCUCGCGCAAGUCCUCCCUCUCGACGUACAACUUAGUCUGCCGGAAACGGCUCUGCAGUUCUCGCUGGCGCUCCAGCGCGUACUGCCCACGGACUCCAUCGAGCGCCAGGUGGCGGCGGCUGACUGCCUCCUCAGUCUCCUGGAAGAAGAGGGCGGAGGCAGCACGCGAAAGCGGCUCAGAUCCGCCUCUCCCUUCGCCGGUGAACCGCCGCCGACGCUGCAAAGGCGCGACUCCGAUAUGUCUGUGGAGAGUGAGGAGGGAGGAGACGCUGCCGAAGAAGCCCGAGGAGUCGAAGGAGGCGGGAGAAGCGAAACGCGAGGAGACAGAGAGACGGCCGGCUGCACUGCGCUUGCGGCGCGGCAGGCGUCGAGCGCGCUUCAGCCUUCUCUCCCGCGAGGACUGGAGAAGAUCUUCCCGCGGCCUGCGAAGCGCAGAUGUGUCUUUUCGCGCUUCUUCCGCGAGAGGCAACGGGCACAGGCCUCCGACCGCCCUUCGCAGUUCUCCUUUCUGGCCCGCCGCGCCUGCUGGGGCGAAGUCAGCGACGACGGAGAGCCGCCCUCAGGCCCCCAGGCGCCUGCCUCGUCGCCUCCUUGUGCCUCUUCCUUCAUACUUUUGAACGGCCAAGUUUGGCGAACGCUGCACUCGGAAGUUCCGUGUCGCGCCGGCGUCUGUCGCCAGGCGCUGCGCAGCAUCCGGCCUCUUCGCGCGCUCGCGUCGAGUUGGCCUUUUCUGUCUCUGCGGCAGCUUCGUGUUGCGCAGGGCGCUCCAUGUGCGGAGCCUUUGCCUGCCCCCGCGUCCUUCGAGACGGAAGAAGAGAGUCUGUUUCGAUUCUGCGUCCGGCGGAGGCGCGAGCGGGCUCAGCGACAGACGAAGCGAGGAAAGGGAGACGCGGCCAGCAAGCCCCGAGGCUUUUUGGCGAGGAGAGACAGUAAGCCGCGAAAGGCGGAAGCGCGCAAAAGUGCGUGUGAUGCAGGUUCCGCCUCGUCUCUGCUUCUGCCUCUCCUCCCUUCGCCGUCGCUUUCAGACGCCCUUGUGCUCGCUGCACUGGAGCGCGACCGCCGGCGGCGCAGAGCGCCCCUUGCAGCUGCAUUCGACCACGAAAUGCAUGCGGAAGGCGAGGCGGGUGAUGGGGACGCGGUCGGAACUUCAGAGGCGCAGGCGCAGAGUCUGCUCAAAGCGCACGCCAAGCGAGAGUCCGCCAACGUCUUGCCGACCUCCUCGUCUCUCAAGCUCCCGCUGUCCUCGCUUUUCUCGCUGGAGGCUCUGAAGGCGAAGAAGCCUCUGGCCGCACCGGCGGCGCCGGCGGCCUCGCAGCUCAAGACGCCCGACAGAAAAGAAGCCUCGUCGUCCUUCUCUUCGGCGUCUUCCGCGUCGUCUCUUCGGGCGCCGGGCGGUGAAGAGGCCGCCGCGCCGGCGAGGCGAGACUCCGAAGGAGAAGUCUCAGCCGGCGCCUCGGCGCGGAGACAGGCCCGCAGGACGCACGCCGCGGUCGCUCGAGCCGUACUCGCGAUCCGGUCGGCGUCUCUGGCGCCGCCGAACGGGCUCGCGCGGGGGGGAGGGGCCGCGCAGGGGAAGCGGUUUUUCGUUCCCUCCGCCGUCUCCCUGUCGCUGCUCCCCCCCGGCGAGCGCGGCGGCGCUGAAAGGGCUAGGAAGAAGCCACGGCGCGCGGCUGAGCUUUUCUCUGAUGCAGAAGGCGAGCAGGUCGAGCCCGGCCUCUGGGAAGACGAAGAGGCGUCAUCCUCGUGGCUCGCGCUGCUUCCGCCGGAGGCGAACGGCGAACGGCGCGGGGCACUGGACGCCACGUUGGAGGUUCGCCCGCCUGCCUGGUCGACUCUCGUUCAGUUGCUCAGUCGCGAAGGUCUGCUCCACGAGUGCAGCCUUUUAUCUGCGGCGAUGACUCGGUUCCGCCGCAAGAGGCAUAAACAGAGUCGCCUGCGGACGCCGAGCGCUGGAAACAGGGUGUCCACUUUGCAGCUUCGCCGCCACAGAGGCCCAGUCCCCUGCUGUGCGCCGCCGUCGCUCUCCGCGCCUCCCUCCGGCUGUGGGCCUCUGUCGUCGGCCUUUCUUGCGCAGAUUUACGUCACCGCGCGAAGACGCGAAGCAGCUGCGGCUCUGGGGGGGUCGUCGGCUGUGUCUGCUUGUCUUCCGCGCUCGUUCGUCGUCUGGCGGAAUGUGCUUGUCUGCAGUCGGCUGCAGGCCCUAGCGGCGACUGCGCUCCUUGCGUCGCCGUCGCUUGUCGUCAGUCCGCAAGAGCUUCUUCCGCACACGCGUCUCUUCGCGAUCCUUUCGGCCGCGUCGUUUCGCCGCGAGUUUCUUCUCCCUUCGAGCGGUCGACGGAAUGCGCUGCAAUGCGGACGAAAGCCGACGGCGGAGAGACCGGCGUCUCUCGCGCAGUGGCGGCGGCCUGACGACCGCGAGGACGCUGGGGCGACGGCGCCUGCGUCGCCUUUGUCAGCCUCUCCUUUGUCGUUCCCCUUCUCUGUCUCUCUGGCGUGCCCCCACUGGGAAGCCACUCUGGAGGCGUACAUCCACCAGAGCGUGGUCGCGUCGACGGGCCUCGCGGCGCUGCUGCCGCUGGACGCCCCGGAGCAGCGCAGUUGGGGCGAGGGUUGGACUGCCGCGAAACUGAGUUGUGCGUUCUCGCCGUCUGUCGGGGCGUCUGGGAAGCUUGAGCUCGCCAAGUCAGCCGUCGCGGGCGACAUGCCUCGCCAGCUGCUCGCCGAGGCGCUGGCGGACCUCGUGCCGCGGCCCCUCAGAUUCCCCUGCAGCCGGGGGGCUGCCGUCUGGCUCGAGGCGACGAUCGACGUCUUCUUCGAUUGGGGCGAAGAAGGGCCGCAGAUGAACGGAUGCAAGCAAGAAGCCGAGAGGAGCGCGCCCACUGCGGACGCUUCGGUGGCGCCGCCAAACCAGAGCUCGAAGUUGAACGCACAGGUGGCGAACGUGGCUCUUGCGACCGGCGCGAGGGGCCCUGACGCCGGCGGGACGGAGGCGGAGACAGCGGGCCCUGGGACGGAGACACUCUGUCGCGCACUAAGUAGUUGGACUGGGCAUGGAGGCGUGGGCGCUGAGAACGCGCAAACUCAGGGACAUAUCCGAACGAAUGGAAGCGGAAAGGCGUCUCGACCAAAUCCAACACUCUUUCUCUGCGUACGAGGUCCCACACCUUUCGAGGUCGCCACAGAGGCUCGACGCCCAGCGCUCGCCAAGCAAGGAGACAGCGCUGCCGCCCAGGUUGCCGCUUCGCCCUCUCAGUGUCACGCUUCCUCCUUAUCGCCGCUAUUUCCUCCUGCAUGUUCGCAGACGCGUGAUGGCAGCACAGGGGGCGUGGAGGACGCUGGAGGCAGGGGAAAGCGGAAAUGGUUUUCCAGUCUGGGCCACGGACGCCUCGGCGCGUCCCUGCCUCCGUCCUCCUCUCUCGUUCGUGCCGCGAUGGCAGGAACAACGCGAAAUGUCACGUCGUUUUCCGCUCCCUUCUCCUUCUUUGAACCGCGGUCAGAACAGGGGAAAAGGGCGCUUGUCUCUCUUCCUGAGGGUGGUGUAGGGACACUUGAAGGAAUCCGCUCGGGUGUACAUACACCUCCAUGGCGCUGCGUCGGCGGCGUAAAAUUGUGGCGCUGUCGAUGUAGGGACGUGGAGAGGCGCGAGGAUGGCACUGCCGAGUCACCUUUGAAAAAGGCGAAAAGGGAGGGAGCUUGCGCAUCUAGUGCCACUUUGGUUGGCAGUUUGUCUGGCGUCGCCGCUGUUCCCUCCGAAGCACCGGCUUCGACAUCGAAAUCGCCUUCGGAUUUCUCUUACCAAAGAUCCAAUUUGUCAACUUUUCAGUCCCUCAGCUCUCCCUGCUCCUGUUUCUUCCGGUGUCCAACUUCCGACCUGGAGUGUUCUAAUUCUCGAGAGGCCUCGACUUUGUUUGGCUCAGCUUCAGCCACAGAUCUGUCUCAAGGACUUCCUCUGGUCACUGCAAUGUCCUCUGUACUUCCGUUCUUCGCCCCGGGGGGCGAGUUAGCUUCGUUUUCUCCGUGCUUUCCGUGUCACUCCCAGUUUAUUCUUCACAAAGAACACGCAGGAGCGCCAGCAUCCGGCGCGGCGAGGGCGCACCAUCUUUUGGGGACGAGGUGUACCUACGCGCCGGAGGCGGCAGCGUCCGGCGACGCGUUGUCUCUUUCUGCAGGAGUCGCCGCGCCACCCGCGAGACGAGUAAAAAUGUUUCGAAUUCAGCAGGUGGAGAAGACGACAACGCAGAUAGCACGCGCGCGUGUCACAUUUCCUCUGGUUAUGGACGCUGCGACGAGCGGUCCCUUUCCUGUUGAUCUGGUGGUCUGUGCAUUACGCACCGAGAGCGAAGAGGUCGCCGAGCUCGACCAAGGAUCAUCUCCGCGCUGCACGCAAGAUGCGUUCCAAGGGAACUCCUGCACGGACUCUAUGGAUGUUCUGGUCUCGGUUAGCGACGCCAAGCGGCUGUGGCUACAGCCUGCGUGGGACUGA